AAUCAAUGAACAAUGAGAAAAAUAAUGAAGAAAACGAAUAACUAUAGAAAAGGUAAAGGCGACCAAGAUAGCAUACAAAUGGAGAAGAAUCAGAUUAAUUUUGGAAAAAUAAUUAAUAUUUUGCUUAAGGAUAAAUUGAUGAUGAUGAUGAUGAUUCAGAAGAAUAUUAUCCAUAAUAAUCAUCAUCUGCAUCUGAAGAAAUUUCUUAAGAAAAUGAUGCAGCUGACUUUAUAGAUUCAUUGGAAUAAUGGUAAGAUUGUUCAGAUUCAAAAGAGUAAUUAAAAUAAGCAGUAUAAGAAUCACCUUCUAAAAGUUUUGUAAAACUUAUGAGAAAAAAUUUAGAGUAGUUUUCAACAAUGAGAGGUGUACAUACAUAAGUUGAUAUAGCUACAUUAGAACGUUUAGAUUAAACAUCUUAUGUUUAUUAUAAUGAAUAACAAAAAUUUAAUAAUAAAUUUCAAGAUGUUUUAAAUAGAUUUUAUAAAGCUAUUCCUAAUGAUAAACAAAGAAAAAGAGAGGAUGAUGAAAGUAAAAGUAAAACUGAAUUUCAUGGUGAUUUAUUUGAUUUUGAAGAUAAAAGAUAUUUCAUAGAUAGUGAAAUAUUAUAAUUAUAAAGGAUAUUGAAAUUAUGCAAAAUAUAAAAGUUUGAUUCUUAUUUAGCCUAUAGAAAAUUAGUAAGAGAUUAAAAUUUAGAUUUUGAAUAAUCUAUUAAAAAGUAAAUAGAUCUAUUAAAAUCAAAGAAAAGAUAAUUAGAAGUUUAAUUAGAAGAAGAAAAAAGAUGUUUCUAUCUAUCUAUAGAUUAAUAAUACAUUUUUAAAAUUAAAGAACAUACUAAAUGUAUGACUCCACGAUACAUUUAAUGUUAAAGUAAUAUUAAAUAUGAUCAAUUAUAAGGAAAUGAGAAUCCAUCUUUUUUAAUAUAUCCAUAUGAUAAAUAGCCUUAAUGGCUUUGUUAAUAUUAGGAAACCUUUAAUAUUUUUAAAAAGAAAGUUUUAUAACUUUAAGCUCCUCUUUAUUUUUAUAGUUUUUAGGAUGCAAAUGCUUUAAAAAUAACUUCACAUCUUAUAUUAAAAUCUAUAAAAUAAUUAGAAGAAAUAUCCAAAAAUAAAUUAAUAGCUAAAAUAUUUGAAGACCUAAUCAAUGCUUUUUUUAAUAUAGAUAUACCUGAAUUAGAUCUUCUUUUUAAUUCAGAACUUUUAAAUGAAGAAAUAAUAACCAUAUUAACUUCUUAAGAAAAGUGUAAUUUAUCAAAUUAACAGGAGUAAUAUAAACCAUUUCCAACACCAGAUGAUCCAGGAGAUGAAACAACAACUAAAUUAAAGUUUUAUCCAAAUUUCAAAACUGAAGAAUAUGCACUUUAUGUAAGACCUGUAUUUGAAUAUUCAAUGAGAUUUUUAUAUGAAAUUUAUUUAAGAAUACAAAAGAUAACAUAAUUAUAAACUAAAAUAACUUACAAAAAUAAAGAAUAUAUGAUUGGAAAUUUGAUUAUUGAAUGUUGUUAUAAAUAUUUAGAAGAUGAAAUUUCAUAUGCAGCUUGGCUUACUAUUUGCAAAUCUAUAUUUUAAGAAUAAGAUUCAAUUGAAUUAUCAUCAUUAAUAUUUUUAGUGUAAAUGUUUCGUAGAUUAUUUUAUUAAUAUGAUGAAUGGACGGUUGAAUUAUUAAUUAAUUGGUUAUAUAAAAUUUUAGGCGAUGAUAGUAAAAUUCUGAAUGAGGAUGUGUAAUUAUCAAAUGUAUGUGUUUAAGACAUUCUAAUGAAAUUGAAAAAAAAUGUAGAAUUAUAAAAUACUAAGAUGGCUAGAAUACAAACAGUAGAUGGAUUGAUGAUUAUUCAUAUCUUUGAAUUUUCAUAAUUAUAUUGA